AUGCAUCAGGAAGUACUACAAGAAAUGGAGCAGAUGCAACAAGCCCGAGAAAACGAGAUAGCAGACUGCCGUGCAAAGAUGAAUAAGGCUUUUGACCGAGAGAUGGAUAGGAUUCAAGCAGAGAGGGAGGAGAUAGAGAAGGAAAAGAGUGAUAUUGCGCUUGGCCAGGAUUUCUUGGAAAAGAAUGAAGCCGAGCUAUUGGAGCAUAUGGAAGAGGAGACCAAGACCGAGCAGGAGGAAAUGAAUGAUUUGAUUGUGAAGCAAAAUGCUACCCGGGCCGAGAUUCAAGAGUUGACACAGAAGCUGGAGCUGCUGAACAGUAAAGACAAAGAACUGACUCGCAAUAUUAAUAUGCUUCAAAAAAAGAUCAAUGCAAUUGUUAAACAAUUUGACGAUAAAGCCAGUGAGGCUUCACGCGAAAAACGAGAACUGGAGCGUCGGCAAUUAUAUAUUCAGCGAAGGACACAGGAUCUCGAACGUCAAGAAGCUGGCGUCCAAAAGACAGCCCAUCAAGCCGAAGCUGCUCAGAAGGAGGUUCAGGAAGAAAUUAAAAAUAUUAUCUUGCAGCGAGACCGUCUUGAGCAGGUGAGAAAGCUCUUUGAGGUAGAGCGAGUUACCUUACAAAAACUGCGUCUGGAGGAAGAGGCUUUCCGAGAGAAGGAGGCUGGCUGGAAUAUGCGGGCCUCUAGUUUAAUGGAGGAAUUGAAGGGGCAUGAAGCAAAGAUUGAGGCACUAACGAGCCGGAGUUCUGCAGACCAGAAAGCGAUCUCUGAUCUGCAACUAGCCCUGGAAGCAACGCAAAAACGCAUGGGAACGAUAGAGUCGCUCAAGGCGCUAUCAGUCCAACGUCGCGAUUUUAAGCAGGCCUCACGGUGCUCGAGUGAACUUGCGAAAUGCCGGGACACAAUUGGACAGCAACAGGCAGAGCUAGAAAAACUGACAAUUAGGAUCAGUGAGCCUGGUGUACAAGAACAACUUGAAGCAUUGCGGCAAGAGUACGAGAAGGCAAGGACGCAUGCGAGGAAUGAGGAAUCUAAUUUGUCUAAAGAGAUCCAAGAGGCGACAGCUGAUAUUCUUUCCAGGCUGGAUGCAUUCGCUACAGUCUCAUCCACCGCUGGUUCAGAGGAUAAACAGCUCAAAAAGGAUGGAGAUGUUGUUGCAACAACGGACGGUUGUAAUAGUGCAGAACACUCUACUGCUGCCGCUGACCCAAGGGUGGCGGCUCCUGCGGCGAUGGGUCAACUUUCUCAGUUGGUUCUUGAUGAAUUGCGACGUGAGAUCAAAGAUCUGCAAGAACUAUCGCGGAUACGGUUUGGGCGAGAAGAAGUAGUAUUAGUAUCUGCUUUUUUAGUGCAACCAGCGAAUCAUCCGACAACAUCAACCGACACGCCAGAAGAGAAUAGCGCCGCUAGUACUGCUGUAACGGCUGUAAUAGAAAACACUGAAACUAAAAAGCUUGCACUUGAACGCGACAUUCAAGCCGCAGUUGCCGAAGAAAGUUACGAAGCGGCAGCGGAGCUACAGGCACAGCUUGAUGCUCUGUAA